AUGGUGAUUGCCAUAAGAAACUUGCAGGAAGCUGGAGCGAGAAAGAUCGUAUGCAUGGGAAUACUGCCGUUGGGAUGCAGUCCUCGAGUGCUGUCUGAAUGGCGUGAUUCCCCUGUGGAUACGUUUGAUAAGAAGGGGUGUGUGAAAGAGAUGAAUGAAUUGAUUGGGAAGUACAAUGAAGUAAUGGGAGAGGAAAUGGUGAAGCUGAAUGCAGAGUUCGAAGAUACUCAAAUGAUAUUUUGCGACGUUUACAAAGGGAUGACGGAGAUCAUUGGAAAUCCAACUCGAUAUGGAUUCAAGGAAUCAAAGAGUGCGUGUUGUGGGGUUGGCUGGUAUAAUGCAAGCGCAGUAGGAUGUGUGGCAAUGGAGAUAGCGUGCAGGGAUGUUAGGAGAUAUGUGUGGUGGGAUUUGUACAAUCCCACGGGAGUUGUAAAUUCUUUGCUUGCGGAUUCAGCAUGGAGGAAUCAACCCUUCUCCACAAUCUGCCAUCCAUCCACUGUUCAAGAUUUACUACUCACAUGA